AUGGGCAAGAAGCACAAGAAGCACAAGUCGGACAAACACCUGUACGAAGAGUAUGUUGAGAAACCCUUGAAGCUGGUCCUCAAAGUGGGAGGGAACGAAGUCACCGAACUCUCCACCGGCAGCUCAGGGCACGACUCCAGCCUCUUCGAAGACAAGAACGAUCAUGACAAACACAAGGAGAGAAAGCGGAAAAAGAGAAAGAAGGGAGAGAAGCAAGUUCCCGGGGAAGAAAAGGGGAGGAAGCGAAGGCGAAUGAAGGAGGAUAAAAAGAAACAGGAUCGAGACCAUGUGGAGAAUGACACGGAAAAAGAGCUCCAUUGUCAGAUCCCUGCUAGACUAGACUUGCCUCCUGAGAAGCCUCUGGAAAGUUCUUUAGCCAAACAGGAAGAAGUAGAACAGACACCUCUUCAGGAAGCUUUGAAUCAACUAAUGAGACAAUUGCAAAGAAAAGACCCAAGUGCUUUCUUUUCAUUUCCUGUGACUGAUUUUAUUGCUCCUGGCUACUCCAUGAUCAUUAAACACCCAAUGGAUUUUAGUACCAUGAAAGAAAAGAUUAAGAACAAUGACUACCAGUCUAUAGAAGAACUUAAGGAUAAUUUUAAACUAAUGUGUACUAAUGCCAUGAUUUACAACAAGCCAGAAACCAUUUAUUAUAAAGCUGCAAAGAAGUUAUUACACUCAGGGAUGAAAAUUCUUAGCCAGGAAAGAAUCCAGAGCCUAAAGCAGAGUAUAGAAUUCAUGGCAGAUUUGCAGAAGACUCGAAAACUAAAAGAUCAGACAGACUUCUCGCAGAACGGAGAAGACAGUGGUUCGUGGCCAAGGGAGAAGGAUGACUUCGGAGCUGCCGAGGCUCAGGCCAUCAAAAGCCCCAACAAGGAAAAUAAAAGGAAAGAUAAAGAAAUGAUUGAAGAUAAAUUUAAAAAUAAUCACUUAGAAAAAGAGCAGGAGCAAAUUGACCGCGUUGUUAAGGAAUCUGGAGGAAAGCUGACCAGGCGGCUGGUUAACAGUCACUGUGAAUUUGAAAGAAGAAAACCAGACGGAACCACCACCCUGGGGCUUCUCCAUCCUGUGGAUCCUGUUGUGGGCGAACCAGGCUACUGCCCUGUGAGACUGGGAAUGACCACUGGAAGACUUCAGUCUGGAGUGAAUACUUUGCAGGGCUUCAAAGAAGAUAAAAGGAACAAAGUAAAUCCAGUGUUAUACUUGAAUUAUGGGCCUUACAGUUCUUAUGCACCACAUUAUGACUCCACGUUUGCAAAUAUCAGCAAGGAUGAUUCUGAUUUAAUCUAUUCAACCUAUGGGGAAGACUAUGAUCUUCCGAGUGAUUUCAGCCUCCAUGAGUUUUUAGCCACAUGUCAGGAUUAUCCAUAUGUUAUGGCAGAUAGUUUAUUGGAUGUUUUAACAAAAGGAGAACAUUCUAAGACCCUACAAGAGCUAGAGACGUCAUUACCUGAAGAUGAAGACCAGACCAGAACACCUGACACAAUAAAAGAUACUGAGGCGGUUAUGGAAAUAGAGGCCACAGAGCAUUUGGACAGCAGUAACCAGGACAGGCUCACAGCGCUGAAAGUGGUCACAAACUUUAGCUGGCCAGUUGAAGUCUUUAGCUCCAGAGAAGCUGAAGUGUUCCAGAGGAAACUUGAUGAGACCACCAAAUUGCUUCGGGAACUCCAGGAAGCCCAAAACGAACGUCUGAGCACCAGACCCCCACCCAACAUGAUCUGUCUUUUGGGUCCUUCAUACAAAGAAAUGCACCUUGCUGAACAAGUGACUAAUAAUCUUAAAGAGCUUGCACAGCAAGUUACCCCCGGUGACAUUGUCAGCAUGUACGGAGUUCGGAAAGCAAUGGGGAUUUCCAUCCCUUCUCCAGUCAGAGAAGACAGCUUUGUCGAUUUAAGAGAAGAUUUUGAAGAUCCUAACAGGAGUAAUGUUGCUGAAUGUGUACCUGAUGGAAAUUAA